GUAUUUUCUUUCACAAAGUAAAUUAAGGAAUCCGAUUGCUUUUACAUACCAUCGAAUGGAUGGUUGACGCUAAUUACCCAUUUUGCCUCUUCUCAUGUUUGUCUCCAUUCUUCCUGUUAUAGAUGCCUGUUGGUCAUUAUGGAUGAAACCGCAAGCACCUUCCUACCAGCGACUUUUGAUGGCUCUUACCAGGAAGCUGCCAUAUUGUCUGGCGGUGUUGGCGCGUGGAGUACCCAUCAUUUUAAUAGCAAUCAUAUUAUUUGGCACGAAGCAAACUUCACUGACUCACCGGGAAAUAGCACACUAAUCCAGGCAACAGCCGACUUUGACCCAUUAGGAGGACAUACAGUCUGGCAGGUUAUCGUAAUUGUCUUACUCACCGGAUCACUUUCACUUGUCACCGUUGUUGGGAACAUCUUAGUCCUGUUGUCCUUCAAGAUCAAUAAGGCACUGAAGACCGUGAACAACUACUACUUGCUGAGCUUGGCGUUUGCCGACCUGACCAUUGGCACUUUAUCCAUGAACUUGUAUACCACCUACAUCAUCAUGAAUCAGUGGGCUCUGGGGCCAGUGAUCUGUGAUUUGUGGCUCGCAAUUGACUAUGUAGCCAGUAAUGCUUCAGUCAUGAACCUCCUCGUCAUAAGCUUUGACAGGUAUUUCUCCGUUACCAGGCCUUUGACCUAUCGCGCAAAGCGCACAACCAAGAGGGCCAUGACCAUGAUUUGUUUAGCCUGGUCAAUAUCAUUCAUUCUUUGGGCCCCAGCCAUCCUGUUCUGGCAGUACAUCGUUGGGGAGCGGACAGUGCCGUCUAAUGAAUGCUUCAUCCAGUUUCUGUCUGAGCCCAUCAUUACAUUCUGCACGGCGAUAGCUGCAUUUUACUUGCCAGUUACUAUCAUGACAACCCUGUUUUGGAAGAUCUUUCAGGAGACAGAGAAACGUGCUAAGGAUAUACAAGGUCUUAAGGGCUCGGGCGCAGGAAACAGCCAGAGUCAAAAUCACAGGAGUGACGAUGGCGUGACCAAGAGCCAAAAGGAAAAAUCAGACACAACGUCGACACAGCAAAUGCACUCGGCGAACGAGAGGAACGAUGAGCAAAAUCAGCAGGCUUCAGACAACGGCAAGGACAACUCGAGUAUUCCGAGAGGAAUGGAAAGCGCGGGGAAACGUCGUGCGUUCCUUUUCCACUUUUCGUCGCAUUUCUGCCGCAGUUUCAGAAGGGCUGACAACACCGUCCCUGCAGAUCAGAGCUGCUGUGACAGUUUAAACAACAAUGACGCUUCCGAGGAUGAAGAGGAAGUAAAUGAUGCAGACCAAACAAGACUUGCCACAGGUCGGAUAUGGUAUUUCUCCGUUACCAGGCCUUUGACCUAUCGCGCAAAGCGCACAACCAAGAGGGCCAUGACCAUGAUUUGUUUAGCCUGGUCAAUAUCAUUCAUUCUUUGGGCCCCAGCCAUCCUGUUCUGGCAGUACAUCGUUGGGGAGCGGACAGUGCCGUCUAAUGAAUGCUUCAUCCAGUUUCUGUCUGAGCCCAUCAUUACAUUCUGCACGGCGAUAGCUGCAUUUUACUUGCCAGUUACUAUCAUGACAACCCUGUUUUGGAAGAUCUUUCAGGAGACAGAGAAACGUGCUAAGGAUAUACAAGGUCUUAAGGGCUCGGGCGCAGGAAACAGCCAGAGUCAAAAUCACAGGAGUGACGAUGGUGUGACCAAGAGCCAAAAGGAAAAAUCCAACACAACGUCGACACAGCAAAUGCACUCGGCGAACGAGAGGAACGAUGAGCAAAAUCAGCAGGCUUCAGACAACGGCAAGGACAACUCGAGUAUUCCGAGAGGAAUGGAAAGCGCGGGGAAACGUCGUGCGUUCCUUUUCCACUUUUCGUCGCAUUUCUGCCGCAGUUUCAGAAGGGCUGACAACACCGUCCCUGCAGAUCAGAGCUGCUGUGACAGUUUAAACAACAAUGACGCUUCCGAGGAUGAAGAGGAAGUAAAUGAUGCAGACCAAACAAGACUUGCCACAGAUGGAAAGAAGACUAAAAGGACAAAGGACCGAAAAUCAUCCGAGUCCAAACACCCGCCACCUCCUGAGGACGCCUCCCCUGAAAAUAUCUCCAUGAAAGAUGCGAAAAGGUUUGCCUCCAAAGCCAAGACAGAGGUGAACAAACGCAAGAAUGAAAAAAAGGCUAAUGACAAGAAAGCGGCACGGACGCUGAGUGCCAUCCUUUUGGCCUUCAUCACUACUUGGUUACCAUACAACAUCAUGGUCCUAGUUAACACCUUCUGCCAAGACUGUAUCCCGGGAAAUCUUUGGGCGCUGGGAUACUGGUUGUGUUACGUGAAUAGCACGGUCAACCCGAUGUGCUACGCCCUGUGUAACAAGACUUUUCGAACCACGUUCAGGGAUAUCUUAAUGUGCCAGUGGAAUCAAAACAAAAGCAAGCCUCAAUUUCAUAAAAGGAAUGCUGCAGCUUGCCGAAAGAAAGAUCAAAUGUAGAGCAGAAAUAUGACUAAAACAAUUUCAAAAAUGCGACAGGACUUUUAAAUGGUAACUCUAAUAUUUGGGGAAAGUUUGGCAAGACAUGCUUACGCUAGAAAAAUAACCAGACCUGUACUGUGAUCCUCAGAAAUUCCAAUACUCUUUCCAAAAACUUUAAGAGUAUUCAUUGAACUACAGUUUACAUUUCGAAUUUCUGAUCCAUUCAUUGAAGGUACGCUUUAUAAUCCGAAGCGCUUUAUAGUGCAGAAAAUACGGUAAUAUAUAAGGUAAGUGAUUGUGUUCCCAUACUGUACCGACUGAACAGAAAUCCACGGGUCAGUCAUGC